UACAACGUAAACAACCUCGCAUUCUCAUUGGAUAGAGGAAAGUUAUUUGAAAGACCCAGGACUCAGGAGAGUAGGGAGACUGCAAUUGUGAAUUUCAUUUACCAGUACAACGUAAACAACCUCGCAUUCUCAUUGGAUAGAGGAAAGUUAUUUGAAAGACCCAGGACUCAGGAGAGUAGGGAGACUGCAAUUGUGAAUUUCAUUUACCAGUACAACGUAAACAACCUCGCAUUCUCAUUGGAUAGAGGAAAGUUAUUUGAAAGACCCAGGACUCAGGAGAGUAGGGAGACUGCAAUUGUGAAUUUCAUUUACCAGUACAACGUAAACAACCUCGCAUUCUCAUUGGAUAGAGGAAAGUUAUUUGAAAGACCCAGGACUCAGGAGAGUAGGGAGACUGCAAUUGUGAAUUUCAUUUACCAGUACAACGUAAACAACCUCGCAUUCUCAUUGGAUAGAGGAAAGUUAUUUGAAAGACCCAGGACUCAGGAGAGUAGGGAGACUGCAAUUGUGAAUUUCAUUUACCAGUACAACGUAAACAACCUCGCAUUCUCAUUGGAUAGAGGAAAGUUAUUUGAAAGACCCAGGACUCAGGAGAGUAGGGAGACUGCAAUUGUGAAUUUCAUUUACCAGUACAACGUAAACAACCUCGCAUUCUCAUUGGAUAGAGGAAAGUUAUUUGAAAGACCCAGGACUCAGGAGAGUAGGGAGACUGCAAUUGUGAAUUUCAUUUACCAGUACAACGUAAACAACCUCGCAUUCUCAUUGGAUAGAGCCAGAGGAAAGUUAUUUGAAAGACCCAGGACUCAGGAGAGUAGGGAGACUGCAAUUGUGAAUUUCAUUUACGAGUACAACGUAAACAACCUUGCAUUCUCAUUGGUAUAG